UGGUUUGCAGUUCAAAGCACUCGCGCGUUUUGGGGAUUGUACUUGGAGACUAGAAAGGAGCACUUUACCUUUUUCAUCCAACAGAGUUGAAAGCAAGCUCUACCCAGCUGGCUUGUUUUUGCCUUUUCAAGCGCGGACCCGCUUGCAGAAAACACACUCACCCGAGGAGUCUGUCAGAAGCUCAUGCGUAAAGACACUCGCUUUCCAACUCGGUUUUACGCAGCAGAGCAGAGGAGAAUCAGCAGCCGUUUUUCAGUGCACUUCUCCCACUUGAAAGACUUUGCGCGAACCCGAACUCAUCCUGGCAAAGUAAAAUCCAUUUAGAGGCUUUUCUUCUCGCGAGAAAGCAAAGGUAACCCCUCCCGUUUCACGCGUAAUUUGGCACCAGAACGUUUUUCGUAUGAAUCUCCUCGACCCUUACCUGAAGAUGACGGAGGAACAAGACAAGUGUCUCUCUGAUGCCCCGAGCCCGAGCAUGUCCGAGGACUCAGCGGGAUCUCCGUGUCCAUCCGGCUCAGGAUCCGACACCGAGAACACCCGGCCGUCAGAGAAUGGGCUUCUCAGAGCGGACGGAGACUUCAAGAAGGACGAGGACGAUAAGUUUCCCGCUUGCAUCCGCGACGCUGUGUCCCAGGUGCUCAAGGGCUACGACUGGACCCUGGUGCCUAUGCCAGUGCGCGUUAACGGAUCUUCUAAGAACAAGCCUCACGUUAAGAGACCUAUGAACGCGUUCAUGGUGUGGGCUCAGGCUGCGCGGAGGAAGCUGGCGGACCAGUACCCACACCUGCAUAACGCAGAGCUCAGCAAAACUCUGGGGAAACUCUGGAGACUUCUUAACGAAGGGGAGAAGCGGCCGUUUGUGGAAGAGGCUGAGCGGCUCCGGGUGCAGCACAAGAAGGAUCACCCGGACUACAAAUACCAGCCUCGGCGGAGAAAGUCGGUGAAGAACGGACAGAACGACUCGGAGGACGGCAGCGAGCAGACGCACAUUUCGCCGAAUGCCAUCUUCAAAGCUCUCCAGCAGGCGGACUCCCCGGCCUCCAGCAUGGGAGAGGUGCACUCUCCAGCUGAGCACUCAGGCUCCCAGGGGCCUCCCACUCCUCCUACCACCCCAAAGACUGAUGUCAGCUCAGGCAAGAUGGACCUAAAGCGUGAAAGUGGCCUCCGCUCUCUGCCCGAUGGCCCCGGUGGGCGCCAGCUCAACAUUGACUUCCGAGAUGUUGACAUCGGGGAGCUGAGCAGCGAUGUUAUCUCCCACAUUGAGACCUUUGACGUCAACGAGUUCGACCAGUACCUCCCACCCAAUGGGCACCCUGGCUCUGCCAACACCACCCCGGUCAGCUACACAGGCACCUACAGCAUCAGCAGUGGCGCCCCAGUCAGCCCGCAGGCGGGAGGCAUCACGGCCUGGAUGGCUAAAAGCCAAAACCAGCAGGGACAGCAGCAGCACACCCUGACCACCCUGGGCAGUGGCGCUGGCAGCCCAGAGGCAGCUCAGGGCCAGCACAGGACCCAGAUCAAGACAGAGCAGCUGAGCCCAAGUCACUACAGCGAGCAGCAGGGCUCCCCGCAGCACAUCGCCUACAGUCCCUUCAACCUGCAGCACUACAGCCCCUCCUCCUCCUCCUACCCGGCCAUUUCCAGGGCACAGCAGUACGACUACUCCGACCACCAGGGGGGCACCACCGCUGCUGCCUCCUACUACAGCCAUGCGGGGGCGGGGCAGGGUUCAGGCCUGUACUCGACUUUCAGCUACAUGAGCAGCCCCAGCCAGAGGCCCAUGUACACACCCAUAGCUGACAACACAGGGGUCCCCUCAAUCCCUCAGAGCAGCCCACAGCACUGGGAGCAGGCUCCGGUUUACACCCAGCUCACCAGACCCUGAGCCGUCCCAGCAGACUGAGAGACAGCGAUAAUAUGUACAGCCAGACACACACACACACACACACACACACACACACACACACACACACACACAAACUCACUCCAAAACACUUUACUCCAGGGAAAGCUCUUCCUGCAGAGCUGCUCCCUGAAUCAGACACUUGAAUUCGAAGAAGUGGAGAGCUGGACUUGUGAUUGGCUCACGUCGUGCCUUGCUAUUGUAUCGUGAUAGAAACAAUAUAUAUUUUUAGAGAGAUGAAAAGACUUAGGAAAAUCCUCUGUGAGGACUUAUUGAUUGUUGAUGUUUCAGUAGGUACUGUGUAUGUUUCUCUUUUUGUUUUCCCUUCAUAUGCUGGCAGUUUGUAACCCAUUGGGACGGUGGGGGUGGGGAGGGUUUGGGUAAAUAUUCGUACCUGUAGAUAUAAAACAAAAAGCUUUAUAUUUUAAACAGUUCAGCAACUAACCACUCAUGGUAGUGCAGUUUCUGGAUCUCUGUUUUGUUUUUUUUUUUGUUAUUGUUGCUUACUCUUUUCAGUGCCAUUCAACGUAUGGUUUGUAUUUAAGCUGUUGACUUUCUUCUUCUAAAGUUAUGUGUCAUGAUCAUUGAAGAAGCUAUUAGGCAAUACAGAGAACGAGAGGAGAGACUUGGUUUCAUAAUGCUGUGCUGUCUUGAUGGGGAGACUGCAGCGCUUUCCACCAUCCGUGCCUUGGAUUUUUUACAUUUUCUCAAACUUUUCGUAUGAGCGUGUGUGUGUGUGUGUGUGUGUGAGUGAGUGCAAUGGCCACAGAUGAGAUUACACUUACCGUCCAACAGCAUGUGUUUGACAGCUACAGGAAGUCACCUUUGACCCCUUGGGUGUCCCCCCUGCAGUCUCCCACCAUGCUGGUGUCCAAAAUGCUCCCUACACCCCUCCCCUUUGGUCAGAUCCAGUUGAAAACUUUAUUUAUUUAUUAGCUUUAAUUUUAUUUCAAAGUAAUUAUUUUGCAUACUAUUCUUAUAACUAAUGAAUUGUCCUCUUUGCAAUGUAGACAGCAUAUAAUUUCCCCCUUUUUUAAAUUUUCAUUUUCAACCCAGUGGGUACUUAGACAGAAUGGUACACGCUGUCAUUUUUUGUUUAUUUAUCUUAUGUAAAUGUCUAUUUUAAGUAUGUAUUUCCCGGGUCCGGGGGCAGGGGGCUAUCUAACGAAAUGUGUACGGAUUAUUUGUUAUUUGUGAAUUUCCUUUGAGUUGGACUUUAAACCAUGGCUGACAGAACUGGAAAAUGACAUCUCAGUUACAAGGGUUUGUUAAAGUUUUUCUGUUUGGCUUUUAGUUUGUGCGAUCAGCAGAGGGACCGUCCAUCCUUUCUGUUCUGCAAGCUCUGUUUCCUUUUCUCUCAGUUAUCAAAGAACUGAUGUUCCCAGUAUUCCUUUUUUCCUUCUGUGAUCUUGCUAUGUAUUUGUACUGUCUUUAAAGAAUCUUUUGUAUAUGUAUUUGCAAUAAAAAAGAAAAUGCUAUGAAAAAAAAAAGAAAGUUUUGUCCUU